GUGUAAGGCCGCCUGCAGGAGGCGAGGCUGCCCUGGCCUCCCGCACCAGCCUGUGGAACCCAGCCCGGAGGGAAGUCGCCACAGCCGCCCGGGCGGCUCUCCUGCCCUUUGGCCAGGCUUACAGUUCCUCUUAGUAUGACCUUGAUCUGAUUGGACAAACCAAGAAUUACUUCUUGUCCCUGGCACUGCAGUGCUGGGGCCUCUUCAUCGCCCCAAACUACAGCAUUGUCAUGGCAGCUGCCUCUACUUCCAGCCCUGUAAUUUCACAGCCCCAGUUCACAGCCAUGAAUGAACCACAGUGCUUCUACAACGAGUCUAUUGCCUUCUUCUAUAACCGGAGUGGAAAAUAUCUAGCUACAGAAUGGAACACAGUGAGCAAGCUGGUGAUGGGGCUGGGGAUCACUGUCUGCGUGUUCAUCAUGCUGGCCAACCUACUGGUCAUGGUGGCAAUCUAUGUCAACCGCCGCUUCCAUUUCCCUAUUUAUUACUUGAUGGCCAACCUGGCUGCUGCAGACUUCUUUGCUGGAUUGGCCUACUUCUACCUGAUGUUCAACACAGGACCUAAUACUCGGAGACUGACCGUUAGUACAUGGCUCCUCCGGCAGGGUCUCAUCGACACCAGCCUGACAGCCUCUGUGGCCAAUCUGCUGGCUAUCGCCAUCGAGAGGCACAUCACGGUUUUCCGCAUGCAGCUUCAUACACGAAUGAGCAACAGGCGCGUGGUUGUGGUGAUCGUAGUCAUCUGGACAAUGGCCAUUGUGAUGGGUGCCAUACCCAGUGUGGGCUGGAACUGCAUCUGUGAUAUUGAUCAUUGUUCUAACAUGGCACCACUCUACAGUGACUCCUACCUAGUCUUCUGGGCCAUUUUCAACCUGGUGACCUUUGUGGUCAUGGUGGUUCUCUAUGCUCACAUCUUUGGCUACGUUCGCCAGAGGACUAUGAGAAUGUCUCGGCAUAGUUCAGGACCCAGGAGGAAUCGGGACACCAUGAUGAGUCUUUUGAAGACUGUGGUCAUUGUGCUUGGUGCCUUUAUCGUCUGCUGGACUCCAGGACUGGUCUUGUUACUUCUGGAUGUGUGUUGUCCGCAGUGCGACGUCCUGGCCUAUGAGAAGUUCUUCCUCCUCCUCGCUGAGUUCAACUCUGCUAUGAACCCCAUCAUCUACUCCUACCGCGACAAAGAGAUGAGCGCCACCUUCAGACAGAUCCUGUGUUGCCAGCGCAAUGAGAACCCCAGUGGCGCCACGGAAGGCUCUGAUAGGUCCGCUUCCUCUCUCAACCAUACCAUUCUGGCUGGAGUUCACAGCAAUGACCACUCUGUGGUUUAGAAGGAAGCCAGCCGGACUCUGUGGAGCAGUGAGCCCCACCCUGCCCCCCCCCCCCAGCCAGGGCACGGUGGGGAGCCGGAAGAGAAAAAGACACUUAAUGUACUUAAACACUAACCAAUGGCAGUAUUUGUCCCUAGACCCAAGAGACUUAGGAUGAACCUAUUUGACAGCCCCCAUCUUCUCCUUUGGAAAAUAGAAGUGGAAUGUCUUAGUGGAAUCCAGAAACAGACUCUGGGGUGACCAUGUAGCCUUCACUAACUAGACUUAAAAUAUUUUAUGUGGUUUGGCCUAAGCCAGAAAAAAAUUCUGCCAAAUCUAGUACACAACUUCACACAGGCUUCCCCUUAACAAACAAACAGACAGACAGACAACUCUGGAAGAUACAUUUCAUUUAAUAAGUAUGCUUAUGGCUGCCGGCAUGCUUGUGGUUGAAAAGACUCUUAAACUGACAUAGGUGAACUUUUUCCACUAUGGAAGAAAAAUGUUAAUUAGAAUGACUUUUGUGUUUGUUUGUUUGUUUGUUUGUUUAGAAAGCAAGCAUGUGAUGUGUGAAUACAGUAUGCUUUUCUUUAAAGAUGAAAGGAUACUAUUUUAAAUCUUCUAGGGUGUAGAAGAAUCUAAUAAAAAUCAGUAUUCAUUUAGGCUAUGGAAGAAACAAUAUCCUAAUCAAUUACCUUUUAAUUAGAGUGUUGAAACACACACAAAAAGGCAAGAAAUAUGAGCUUGCCAGCCAAAGAGUGUGUACUCUAAAAGCGUUAGAGAAGGUGAAAUGCAGUGGUAUUGCCCCUGCAUUAAGAUGCCCAAGUGCGUUCUUCCUGCCAGAUCAUCAGUGGAAUUUUUUUUUUAAAGCCUGUGGUUUUCCAAGUUAUGAAAUACUACAUACUUACUAUAGAAAAACUUGAAAAUUGCAGAACUGUGUGAAAAAGAAAAGAAAAAAAAGAUUACUGAUCGUACAACCUGGAAGUAACGAUAUAGCUCACACGUGUAUGCUAGACAUAUAUUAUAUACUUUUUUUUUUACAUAAUUGAAGUGAUAUUGUAAAAUGUUUUUGUAACUUUUUCUUUCAGAAUUGCCAGGUUUUCCUAUGGCAUUUUUUUUUCUUUUUUACAAAAACAGUGUUAGUGGCUAUAUAAUAUUCCUUUUAAUGGAUGCAGCUCAGUUUAUUUAACCAUUCCUUAUUGUUGACUAGGUUUUUACAAUUUUUUUCAUUAUUAUAAUAUUGGAAGAAUCUUGUGUACAUACAACUUUGCCAGUAUCAUUGAUUAUUUACUUAGGACCUAUUCCCAUGAAGGAUCUACUUUUUAAAAUGUGAAAUGUUGUCAUGUGUUUUCACUUUAUAAAAAGGGAUAUUCUACUUUCAAGCUGCAGGGGUGGCCGUGAUGAUAAAAACCCUUGAAAUUACCUUUUUGCAAAAGAAACAGAGCAGUUACUUUAGUUGAGAAUGACUUCUUAACAGGGUUUUCCCCAAUAACCAAGAUGCCCUAAUGUAACUAGCAAUUUCACAUUAGUGUUUUGAGAAAAUGGUGAUCCCAUUCUUGGCAGCGAUGACUGCAGGUAGAAGUGAAGAAAACAAAGGAAUCAAACAUCAGAAAUGAAUCUAGCAUUACUGUAUGAAGUAGCCAGGGUGGGGUAUGUUAGCAACUAGCUGCUGCGUGAUCUCCAGCAAUUCCACGUUCAGAGAUGCCUGGAAUAUUGACUGGGUGAUUGUCACAUGAUAAGGAGCAAGGAGGAGGAAGUAUAGUCCCGAAGCAGGUGUAGGGAGGUCAGGAGGAUGUCUGAGAGAAAGAAGUCUUGAAGAGAGUGGCAUUCUAGGAAGAAGGAAGGCAGAGUAUGUGGCCUAUGUCUGGACAGAAGGUUGGUAUGUGAUGUGUGCCUGAUGGGAAAAAAAAAUAAAAGCAAGUGGAGAGCCAGUUAUCUGAAAAAAAAAUUGCUCAGAGUUUACACAAAAUGCAAAAAAAAAAAAAAUUAUACUGGAAAUGAGUGAAAUGAACUUGGAUUUUAUGAUACUGGAAACGAGUGAAAUGAACUUGGAUUUUUAUGGGGAAGAUAAGGACUAUUUGAAUUGAAAAGCAUACUAAUUGAACCUUAAUAAAUCAUUCUCAAUCAGUGUUUGGUGAA